AUGGCUACCCGAAGACAGCGGGCCAACUCGCCUGAAUUUCCCAUACUCGAGGCCAAUGCCCUGUAUGCCAGCCAGAUCCGCGGCGAUGGCAACUGCCUCUUCAACGCCCUGUCUGACCAGCUCUAUGGCAACCAAGAUAUGCACGAGGUGCUGCGCACCACCACCAUAGAGCACAUGAAGGACAGCGCGGACUUCUACCGCCAGUACAUGGCCUGCAACACGGUGCGACGGAACCCCAAGCGCAAGACUGCUGCAGCUGCCGCCAACCGCCUUGACACCACAUGCUACACCGACGAGCAGCUGCAACAGCAGUUUGAAGAGCACGUCGAGAAGAUGGGCCAGCCCGGCGAGUGGGCCGACAACAUGGAAGUCUCAGCAUUUGCCUCCGCCCUCAACGUCAACGUCCGCCUCUGGCAGGCUGACUACACCUACCUCUUCUCGCCCCGCACAUGCUACACGUCGAAUGAGGACUUGGCUGCUCAGGACAGCCGCCAGACACUUCACAUUGCCUAUCACACUUGGGAGCAUUACUCUUCCGUCCGCAAUAUCGCCGGACCUCACAGCGGCCCCCCUGACGUCAACAUCGUACCCCAGGUCAUCUCCAAGAAGCGGCCUAGCCCUAGUGUCGACGGUGACGACGAUGACCAGCGUCGCCGCUCACGCAAGCGCCGCUCGCCUCUGCCGCUCUUCGACUCCGACUCUACACCAGAGGGCACUGAGAGCUCGUCAGAUGAAUCAAACGGAUUCGCAGCGUCGCAGCGGUCCAACAUUGAAAUUCCUCAACCAGAGCCCGUGAAGGUCAAGCUCACCAUCAAGCUCCGCGGUCUUCGCACCUCAGAUACUUCCUCCCCUACUCCAUCCUGCACGACUUCUCGCGCGCCUACGCCCGCACCACCUUCCACACAAACCCCAUCAGAGCCCAAGAAGCCGGCUCCUGCAGCACCCAAGAGUGUUGCCGUGGCAGAGACCACACCCGCUGCUACCGCCUAG